AUGGGAAAAGGAAAAGAUAAAAAGAAAAAGUUAAAGAAACAAGCAGCACAUCCACUUGUUCAACAACAAUCGAAAAAGAAACAAAGUGAAGGAGGAAAUCAUCAUUCAUCAUCUGGUAAUUCAUCAAGUGGCAGUGGCAGUGGAAACAAAAAAGAUCAAAUCACCGUUGAAAUAGAUGAAAGAGGAAAUACAAUAACUCUUAAAAUAAUUGAUGGAAAUUAUUAUUGUACUAGUUGUCUAAGUGAAUUGCAGCUGAGUGCAAAGAAGAGCACUGGUAACUCGGUGAGUGGCAAACCAUUGGAAUGUUCGGUGUGUAAGGUUGCACAAUGGGCAGUGGCAGCGGAGCGUGCAAAAGAACACGCGGAAAUCGCUAGAGCUGCGUCAAAGAAGGAGAUCAGCAGUGGCAUCAAAGGAUUGCAGAAUCUCGGUAAUACAUGCUUCUUCAACUCGAUCAUGCAGAAUCUCACUCAUAUCAAUGCACUAAGAGACGUACUCUUAGUGCCACCCGGUACUUCUAGCAUCAGUAACAACCCGGUGAAAUCAAACGGACCACUCACCGUUGAAAUGCAUCACUUCUUCACAAAGAUGUAUAAAUUAAACUCACCUUAUAUCUCUCCACAUUCACUCUUUACUGAAAUAUGUAAAAAAGCACCUAGAUUCCUUGGAUUUAGACAACAGGAUGCACAUGAAUUGUUGAUACAUUUGUUGGAUGGUUUGAUAUCGGAGGAGCAGGAAGCUACAAAGAAUAAGCGUGAUCCGACCUACAUUGAUAAGAUAUUUGGUGGACGGUUGAUAAGUAUUAUCACUUGUUUCCACUGUGGAUACGUAUCGAAAACACAUGAACCGUUCUUGGAUCUUUCGUUACCGCUACCCUAUGCAGCUAUCAAUAUUCAAGAGAUAAAGAGAAAGGCAUUGGCAAAUAGUAGUAGUCAUUCCAGUGGAAAUCGUUCCGGUAGUGGUGGAAGUAAGAGUAGUGGCGGUGGUGGCAAGGUUGUUAAACCAAGUUUUGCAGAUCUUGGUCUGCAAUCGGAUGAUGAAGACGACGAACAAGAAGAGGUCGAAGAAAAGAAAUCGAAUUCUGCACCAAGAACACUGUCAAAGUCACAACUCAAGAAGCAGAGAAGAAAGGAGGGUAAGGAAAUGGAGUUGGCAGCAUACCAAUCGUUGUCAGAUGAGCCAGUCGGUGCUGACAUUGAACCAUUACUCUCUGACAAGCCAGAAGCGGUUACAGCCACAACAAAUGGUAUUGAAAUCGAGACAAUCAUCUCAUCGAAUGUCAACAAUGAUGAUAGUUCAAAGACAGAUGCAGAAGGAUAUGAAGUUAUCAAUUCACCAAAUGGCGCAUCGCUAUCUGUGUUAGAUCCACUUCCACAGGAUGAGAGCAGCAUCACCACCGAUGAAAAGUUGGAGAUGUCAACACCACCUGCGUUGGAGCCAAUCAUCGAGUCAACUGCUACUGGCGUUAUAGGAGUUGUCUACGACUCUGUUAAUUCAGAUGUCGAAGGCGAGACAGAAGAAGAAAAGAGUAAUGAUAAGCCAGACAAUUUGAAUGAUUCUACAUCUGGAUUCAUACAUUUGAAUAAUAGUGUAGAGAGUACAACAACAACAGCUAAAGAUACUUCUUACCAUACAGAACAACAGUUGUCUAGUUACAAUGUCAUUGAUGACUACGAGAGUAAAGCAUCGCCUGUCUCAUCGGCAUUGUCAUCGGUCGAGUCAACAGCAGAGUCGGCAUCGGCUACUUCAAUUAUUAAGGAUUUCGAGAAGAUCGAUAUCUCAUCAUCAACUACAUCGUCACCAUCUAUUACAGGAGCAACAACAACAACAGAUGACAAUAGUACUAAGAAGGACAGUGACAAAGAUGUAAAGGAUGAACCAACAGAUCUAAGAAAGAACCUACCUAUUGAAGCCAAGAUGAUGGAUAAUCUUUUGGCUUGUCUCAUGCAAUUCACAAAUCCCGAAAAAUUGGAGGGAGAAAAUGGUUUCAUUUGUCCACACUGUAAAAAGUUGGCAAAUGGUCAAAUCGAAGAAGAAGAUGACAUUAUCAUUACAGAUGACAAUGUUAGCAUAAUUAAUAAUGACGAGAAAUCAACAAUAACAACAACAGCAACAGCAACAGAUAUAAUAACAACAGAAACAGCAACAUCAACAGCAGAAUCAACUGAAAUAGAAUCAACCAACAGUAAUGAUAGUAAAUUAGAAGAAAAAGAAGAAAAAGAAAAAGAACAAGAAAAAGAAUUAGAAAAAGAAAAAGAAAAAGAAUUAGAAAAAGAAAAAGAACAACUACCACAAUCACCACCUGAACAACAACAACAGCAACAACAAACACAAUCAAAGAAAAAGAAAAAGAAUAAAAAUAAUAGUAAUAAUCAAAAUAGUAAUAGUAAUAAUAAUAAUAGUAAGAAGAAAAAAGAAGAAGAAGAAGUUAUCAUUAGAAGAAAUGCAAGUAAACAAUAUCUACUUGCAAAUACACCACCUUAUUUGACGAUUCAAUUGAAGAGAUUCAUGCAGACAUCGAGAAAUGGAUUCCAAAAGGAUGGUAAGCGUAUCUCUUAUCCAUUGGUGUUGGAUUUGACAGCGUUCACCGAUCAGUCGUCUGCUUCGACCAGCAGAGAGUCACAUCGCUAUCGAUUGAAUGGUGUUGUCGAGCACAUGGGAGGAAUGGGUGGUGGUCACUACGUUGCACACAUCUACGACGACACUACCGGUCAGUGGUACUACGUAUCCGAUAGCACCUCACGUCUAAGCUCACUGGAGCAAGUCAUGUCAAACGAAGCCUACGUUUUAUUCUACAAGAAAUUAGAUCAUUUCGAAUCAUCACCUUCUUCACCAACUACAACAACAACAACAACAACAAACAUAAGUAGUAAUAGUAUUAAUAAUAAUAGUAAUAAUGAAAAAGUUAAUGAUAUUGUAAAUGAAGAUGAAGUGGAGGUGGAAGAAGGUAUAACAGAAGUAAUAAUAACAGAAAAUGGUAAUAACUCUGAAAUAGAGAUUGAAUUAAUAACCAAUUCAACUAGUACAGAUAUGAUGACAUCGGAUAAAAGUAAUAGUAUUGAUGAAGAUGUAGAAACGAUUGAAUUGUCAUCUGUGUCGUCUUCAUCAACUAUCAAUGUUGAGGAGAUAAUUAUUUACGAUGAAAAGCUUGAACUAGAAAAAGAACAACAAAAACAACAACAACAACAUUUGACUUCAACUAACAGUGACACUGAAAUCAAUAACACACUUGAAAUAGUUUAUGAUGAAACUUCAUUUAAAUAA